AUGUUCUGCUGGGCGUAUUCGAGGAAGGCGCUGAAAGCGAGGUGGCUGUGCCUCUUGACGAGGUCUUCGCUGUGCCUCGACCCUCUGGCUUGGGAAGCCAGGCCGACCGCCUUCUGGGAGGGGGCCUCUGGCCUGGAGAAGUUGCUGAAAUCUACGGCGCUCCGGGCGCAGGCGAAUGAGACUGUGGAGAUACUGUUGGAGAAGAUUCGCAUCUCUAACAUGGCAGACUUUACAGCCUUUGCCAGACUCAUGACCCACGCGCUAGCACGGCCGGAGUCCAUGCCCGGCUUGAUGGUGCUGGAUGGUCUGAGCGUGCUGCUGUCGCCGUUCACGUCUGCAACAAGUUGGUCGCACAGGUGGCGCUUGACUUGGAGCUGGCGGGUGCUACGCCAGCUUGCCAUGACAGGCUGCUGUGUCGUUCUUCUGUCCCACACGGCUGGGUCAAUGGGCACUUCCCAGCUCGCAUUGGGGCAACAGUGGUCUCAUGCCGCCUCUGUCCGCCUGGAGCUGAGCCGCCCGUUGGUGGGAAAUGCGCUGCGCCUCUGCCUGCGGAAGAGCUGCCGCCAGCAACUUUGUCAAACCACUGAUGCAGGAGAGGAGGUCGACAAUUCUCUCUCUGCGGACUUGAUCAUUGAUGAGGCUUGGACACGGGAUAGGCACGGCCAGGGCCAGGUCUGCGGCAUGGAGACCCCGAAGAAGGACACCAAGCCAAGGGAUGCAGCAGGAUUUCAUGAGCAGCCGGGUCGGGCAUAUGAGUACUUUUCGGAACCACCUUCCAGGGAAAAGUGCAGGAGACGGAAGCCCAAGGAGGCAGAUGAGACUUUUGGAGUGGACUCCACAGGUCCACAGCGCUCCGAGGAGGGGGUCUUGGACGUUUCAGGGCCCAAGGACUCUGCUAGCAAGGUGAUUCUCAACUUGCGCGCGAUAGCGGAGAAGAACGGCGGCCAGAUAGGAUUGCCAAAACUUGCAAUGCGAGAAAUGCAGGGCACCUGCGAAGAUGGCGAGGCCAUCACAUACGCUGUCCCCAAGUCUUGGGAUCCGUUCAGAGAGGCAGAGCGGCUGCGAGCAGAGCUUGCAAAUGCCAGGUCAGAGCUUCAGCGUGUCCAGAAGGCGAUGCUGCAGUCGAAGGUUCAGGAAGUGGAGGAGCGCGAGGACGCUGAGUAUCUCGAUAGUCCUUGUGGAAGGAUGUCUGCUCGCUUUGUGGGCUUCUGCCACACACUGGCUUGGUAUUUCGGCCAAGGCGGAUCACAGCCAUCGGGUGAUGUCAUUUGGAGUCCGCGGCCUCACUUGUACGAGAGCGGAUCCCAAAAAUCAUUGUAUCCGAGUGGCGGCCCUGUCACGAUUCUCAGCGGAGCCAGCUGCCAACUACAUGGGAGCAUUGUGGAGCGAGGCUUUACCACCUUGUUAGUGGAGUACUACUCGUCUGGGUGUCCGCACUGCUGGUACUUCGCCCCCGUUUUCCAGCAGGUUGCAGAGGCGUACAAAGGCUCAGAUACCGUGCGCGUCGCUGCCUGCAACUGCGUUGAGAAUGUGGAUGCUUGUGAUGCAAUGCAAAUCUUUCGCUAUCCCACGCUGCGGGCCUACAAAGUUGGCAAAGGAACGUUGGACUUGCUGUAUGACGUGCCGCACUUCACGGAUAGCCACCAGAAAUCUUCACAGGAGUUGGUGCAGUGGCUCUCAGAGCGAUCCGGCUUGUGGACCCCACCUCAUCCUCAAAGCUUGAAAUUAGGUGCGGUCUUCCGUGCGGGCCAUGCCGUGGCAGUGGAUGGGCCUCCUGGUAAGACAGGCUGGGCCAUGGACUAUCACCUCGACGACGAGCGCUUUGUCGAAGCUCGACUGGGGCUGCUGGUGCUCCUCAAGGGCUACUCCGGUGCACAGCAGCAUCCUGCAGCGGUUAGCAUCACUAGCUUCGUCUCCCGGGUCUUCCCACGCCACACAGCUGACUUCCACAGCCUAGCAGUGCAGAUACAGGAUCGUGGCCCAGUCCAGCCGUGGGAGAUGCGCCGCAUGCUGAAGAAGUGGGAGAGCCUCUUCGGGCAGAGAGAACAUGUCUUCUGCGAAGAUGAGACAUGUGCUGUUUGGCAGCUACUGCAUGUCGUCGCUGCUUCAGUUGCAGCUGUGGCUGUGACUGGGCAGCCGCUGGCUCAACAUGGCUCUUGGACAGUAACAGUCCCCGAGGCGAUGAGCUUCUUCCGCCUGGCCAUCAGCGAGUUCUUCACUUGCGAGGGCUGCAGGCAGCACUUCCUGGAAGCCUUCGACAGAUGUUUCUACGGGAGCUGCCUGGUUCUCGAAGCAGCAGAUGCGCAGCUGCAGGCAAGACAGAUGGUGUGGUGGCUUUGGCGCACCCACAAUGCAGUUUCCCUGCGGGUCCUGAAAGAGCAUCUUCCCGCUGAGGGCCAGGCCGUUGUCGACCGCCGGUGGCCAGCAUAUCGAGACUGUCCAGGUUGCUGGAAAGCUGAAGUGGUAAGUGGUGGAACGCAGCCACAUGCCCAGGUUGAUCCUGCUGGACCUGUGUCCAUUGGGUUGUUGGAUGCUCCAUUCGACCUCGAUCGGGUCUUCGGGUACAUCCUGAGCCAGUAUGUUGGACGCGAGAACUUGCAGUUGGAGCAGAAAGUGGCGGACAGCAUGUGGAGAUUUCCCGGCUCCGUGGAAUCCACGGCGGCUACAACUUUCUGCGCUUGCAUGCUGCUUUGUCUUUCGGCCGUGGCGGCUCUACGCAGUCGCAGAAGGCCAUGCGACCUGGUGCAGGAGUGA